AGUACGGAUGCAGGUAUGCGUGUCUGUGCAGUUUUUGAGUCUCUUGUGUUUCGUAAUAUUGUAGUUCUCUUGCGUGGGCCGUGCCCACAGAGAAAGGCGAGGCAUGAGCUGCUGCCUGAGGCCGCACAUUCCUUCACAUUCCACAGGAGGAGGGAAACAAUGGCGGCGUGCUCCUCAGGAAGAUGACACCAGAAUCCAUUUUAAGUUCACCAUGAAGAACGGACGUCUGUUCUUACUUCAGCCCGCAACACAACGCAAAAUAAAUGGAUAAAAAAAUAAACAAAAGUGCAGUGAAACACUUCGACACUGGAAUGACGUCAGUGAUAGGUGACGUAUGCCCUGCCAGAUGACCAAAUAAGGAGAGGGGCACAUGAAAGUGGACUUAGUUUUGUUCUGGUUCAGUAUGAAUGAGAAGAAAGCUCGCCUGGGUCACGUGUCCGUACUGACACGCCGAUAAAUCAACCUGUCUGAUCGAACGUGCGCGCGUGCGUGCGUGUGUACAUUGGUGCGCGAGCUGCUGUAGUUUCUUGAGGAAAAAGAAAAGAGGAAGCAGUUCCGCCCCCACGAGCUGCCCGGAGGCCGAACCGAGGGGAGCAGAAAGAAGACACACGCACACGCACACGCACAGACACGCGGCUGCUCGAGCCUGGAACAGAACUUGUUGCUGUGGCGGAUGGACUCGUCGCGUCUGGCUGUGAGUCAAAGAAGAAAUGAGUAAAGUUUCCGUUUGAAGCCGAAACCCUCCGCGCGCCCCCCCCCCGCUAACAACAACGGUACCGAGCGAUCCGCCGCACUACUUUACGCCAGGCCCUGCAAGCUUUCCGAUCCGGACCAAUCCCAGUUCCAAACCAGUAUGAGUGGAGAAGAGGAGCGGUUCAAGCUGGUGGUGGUAGGAGGAGGAGGGGUGGGGAAGAGCGCCCUGACCAUCCAGUUCAUUCAGUCCUACUUUGUGUCGGACUACGACCCCACCAUCGAGGACUCCUACACAAAGAUCUGCUCUGUGGAUGGGAAGGAGACCCGGCUGGACAUCCUGGACACUGCAGGUCAGGAGGAGUUUGGAGCGAUGAGGGAGCAGUACAUGCGCUCAGGAGAAGGCUUCUUAUUGGUCUUUGCACUCAACGACCGGAGCAGCUACCAUGAGGUGCAGAAAUUCCACACUCAGAUCCUGAGAGUCAAGGACCGAGACGACUUCCCCAUGGUGCUGGUUGGAAACAAGGCAGACCUGGAACAGCAAAGAGUGAUCUCCAGAGAGAAUGCUGUGGCAUUCGCCAGAGAGAACAGGAUCCACUACAUGGAGGCUUCAGCCAAGAACCGCCACAACGUUGAUGAAGUCUUCCUGGAGCUGGUGCAAAUUAUCCGGCGGUUUCAGGAGAUGGAGAGUCCUCCUCCUCAAAGUCAUCACACAAGGAAACAGAAAAGGGGGGGCUGUCCCUGUGUCCUCCUCUAAGCAAUGUUACCAUGGACACCAAAUCCCUCUACAGCAGAGAGAGAGAGAGAGAGAGAGAGAGAGAGACAGACAGAGAGAGAGAGAGAUUAAUUUGCACUUUUGCCAAAAGCAACUUUAAAUCAGUGUAAUCGUUUAUUUUAAUGCGAGGAUGAAGUGAGAGGUGUCAGUAACCAUCUGGUGGAGAGAAGGGAGUGUGUGGUCGGUGUGAUAGGGAGAUCAAAUGAAAAAACAGCUGUUUAGAAAGCCUCUGUGGUGAAUGAUGACGUCAGCGGUGACGUCCAUGGGUUGUCAUGUUGCAUGCCUUUCUGCAGGGGGCAGCAGACCCCCCCACUCCUGUUGUGACAGAGGGUUGAAAGACCCCUGUAGCAGCACAGAGAACGUGACCGGGCGUGCGUAGGGCAGUGCAGUAUUCAUGACAGCGGAAAUUGCUUCUGCAUUUGCACAUUUCCUUUGACAUUUUCUGGAUGUUCAUUGUUUUAGUGAAAGGUGGACUGCAUUCUGGUACUACGUAUUUCUUUUGAUCUUAAUCAGCUUGUUACUUCAUCUGUGCCUCAAUAAGGGAUAAAUGUAAAAUAAUAUUUUGCAGACAUCAAGUGGUGAAAGUUUACUCUUGACACGAUAACCUCCAGGUUCACUCUUCAUGGAGCUUUUAACUUCAUCUGAUGGGCUUCCUCAGAUGAUUGUUGGUCUCCAUGGUGAUGAUUCAGCCGUGACAUGACAUAAAUGUUGGACUUUAGUAUAGUGAUCUGGUGGAUGCGCUGUGAUUGACUGGCCCAUGUGAUGUCACGAUGAUGUCAUGUCUUCUUGUGGAGUAGCUGUCUCAUGGGGAGGUCCAGCUACAGAAGCAGUCCCUCUGGAUGCUCAUUCAACUGUUAUCAUUCUGACAUCACAUGAUGACGAUUUCUUCACGACAUCCGAACCAGCAUUUCCAACAUUCCAAACAAAGCUGACAAGUGGUCUGUGGCUUUCAGUGGAUGGAUACACAGUUGUUUUGGUCUUAAAGGUGUCUUAUAUUCUACCUUCUGUGUCAUAUUCAGUGUUUCCCUUUAGCUUUAGAGGGGGUUAGGGUUAGGCCCUCUGUCCAAGCGUGCUCACCCGUGUGUGUGUGUGUGUGUGUGUGUGUGUACAUUUCCGCGUAGGGGGAAAUUUGGAGGGACGGGGCGCCCCUUGUUUAAACUUCACUGGAGCCUUAAGACGGCCUAGCGCUCCUGGCCCAGAGGGCCAGCCUCCCCAUUUAUCAUAUUUGUAAGUCUCCCUUCAGUGCAGUAGCCCCACCCCCUACAGUACGGUAGCCCCACCCCUUCUGUGCAGUAGCCCCUAUCCACUGGUCGAGGUCACUAUUGCAGCAACAGAGCUAAGCAAGCAGCCGUCCCCCCCCAGGUUCGCACACACACACUCAGGCGAGACGUGUAGGCCAUUCACAGGGUGUGUGUCCUUGUAUUGGUAGGGCGAGAAUAUAACACACUCCUCACUGCCAUUUAUUUGCAAGGAAAGAUGAACGCACUAUUAUGCACACUAAGAGACAGUGGAAAAUUGAAUGAAAUCUCUCAUAAAAUAUGUCCACUAAUAUCCACCUUCCUAUCCACCACCUUUAUUGCUUUGGACAGUGUGUAUCUAUAUUACAACCUGCAAUUCACAUCAUUCUAUUUUCUAUUGUAAUGAAAGCCAAAUCUCUUUUAUACAUUAUUAAAACAUUUACAACCUAA